AUGCCGAUGCCCACGCAUUUCGAAGUGACCAAGACGCUGCUCGAAGCACAGAUGGAGGCCGUGCGAAUCUAUGAGACCACUCUGGGGGCAGAGGCUGGACAUCAGGUCGCCUUGCAGAAGGCGAUGGUGACCGCGCAGCUGGCGGCUUUGCAGAAGCUGGAGGCUGCGAACGGGCCAUCUGCUGCCAGAACCGCCAAGAGGGGAACCAGGAAGAAAGUUGCCAAGAGGAGCUCUGCCAUCAAGAAGCGCAAAGCAAAGCAGGCAGCCGCCGGGUCGAUUUCCAGAGGUAAGAGGCGCCGGCCAUCACGCAGCCGGGAGACUGAGGCUUCGGGGCCCAAGCGGCGGAGGAAGGAAGCUUUCCAGAGGCCUGUCGUCCCUUUCGGCCCGUUUGGUGAAGGCCUCACCACGAUCAUCCUGAGCUUUGUGGAUGUAUCAAGCAAGCUCCGGGCAGCGGCGGCCUCGCGGGCUCUGCACCAGGCGCUGACGACCCCGGUGGCCUGGAAUCCUCUGGUGCUGGAAAGGGACCAUGUGACGCGGCUCUUGCCUCUCCUGCUUGUACAUAUUGAGUGCCACAACCGGCCGAGCCGGAACCCGACACUGCAGCAGCUCUGGGAUGCCAGUUUGCCCGCGGCCUGGGAGGAGGUGAGCCGCGUGGAGAUGUGGCUGCCCGAUCCCGACAUGAAUCCUCUGGAGCAGCAGAGCGACACCAGCGAAGACGAGGAUGCCGAGCCACUUCCUCGGCUCGGGUAUGCCUUCACGAAUCCCAUGGGGCUGCUGCACUAUGGUUGGCAUCCACGGGAUUGCCGCCGGCUUUUGAAGGGCUUUGGACAGGUGCAAGAGCUCGUCGUGCACAACAUCAACUCUUUCUGGGUUACGCACAGCUUCCCGAACUUCCGCUGCAGGAACCUUUCAACAUUCGGAUACGUGUCCGUCAAGUCUGUGCACAACACGUACGAGCUCCACGCCUUUGCCAACUGCGAGCCUCCGAUUGUCGACUGUUCGGUGGUCGCUGGCAUCAAUGUGAUGCGGGCGAGAGCCAUUUCGGAGGAUCCAGAAGACGGCAAAACGACACUGCACCGACAUGAAGCGCUUUUCCUGUUGGAGAGUGCCACGGCGUGCAAGGUCGAGAAGGACAUUCACUUUUCAAACGAGCCCUACGUGCAGAUCACCGCGCACAAGAUCCGCAAGGAGUACAAACCGCUGCUGAAGGUCCUGAUGGAACGCUUCCCACAGUCCUUCGUCGGACCCGAAUCGGUGCUGGACGGGGAGCCUUCCAGCAGCUACAUCUGCUCGCGCUGGUGGCGCGCGCCCGAGCUGAUUUUCGGCGCCUCGCGCUACGGGACGAGCGUGGACUGGUGGUCCUGUGGCUGCAUCACCGCAGAGAUGAUGCUGGGGCGCCCGCUCUUCACUGGCGAGUCGAGCUGGGGGCAGAUGUACGAAAUCGUCCGUGCUUUGGGCACCCCGACUCUGGAGGAGGUGACUGCAAUGCAGGCCGGGGGGGAUGGCCGUCUGGCCGGGCACUUCGCCAAGCUCGCGGAGCUGGAGCGGCCGGCGUCUGCCUGGGAGGAGCUGCUCCCUGCCUUCGCACAGGAACGCCAGGCCCUUGAGCUACCAGCCUCGCUUCUGAAUUUCGACCCCGCCGGCCGGCUGCACCCGGCCAUUGCCAUGAGGAGCAGCUUCUUCCAGCACCUUCCGGACGAUCCGAACCCGUUGCCACCAAAGCUCGUCGACUUCAGUGAUCAAGAGUUGAGCACCUGUGACACGACGGCCAAGCAGAAGCUCUGGGCUUUGCGGCAUAUGGUCCAGGCCCGGGGUCCUUUCUUCAACGGCGAAAGCUUCGGAAAGAGGGCCGGGGACGAGGAGGAGGAGGAGGAGGAGCUACCCAAUGCCAAGCGGCGGCGAGUGGGCGGGAGGCCCUUGCCUCUGGACGAUCUCAGCGACAUCCCAUGA